AUGUUGGGCAUACCAUUUCUUGACAAUGCGAUCUGGAGCUGGUUUAAGCCACAGUCAUUUGACGAUCCAGUAGAUCGACUGAAUUAUUUUAUUACUUCAACGCUACUCACAUUUUUUGCCAUUAUGGUUUCAGCUAAACAGUAUGUCGGCUCUCCAAUUCAAUGUUGGAUGCCUAUGGAAUUCAAAGGUGGAUGGGAGCAAUACGCUGAAGACUAUUGCUUCAUUCAGAACACAUUCUUUGUGCCAUUUCAUGAAGAGAUUCCUGCUGAUGACGAAGAUCGCUCAAAGGCUGAAAUAGGUUAUUACCAAUGGGUGCCCAUCGUGUUGGCGCUUCAAGCGAUCAUGUUCUAUCUUCCCAAUUGGAUAUGGAAGACACUUCAUCAACAAAGCGGGAUCGAUUUGAACACGGCUAUAGAGGAUGCACGGAAGUUGAGGCAGAUCACCGGAGGUGAUCGAAAAAAGGAAAUAGGAAAGCUGGCCACGUAUCUUGAAGAAUGCCUGGAAUUCCAGAGUGAACGGCGUACACCAUACCGUCUGUUCUGUUUCAGAUUCGGCCAUGGGCUGGGCUCCUACGUAUCCAUGCUGUAUCUCUUCGUGAAGUUCCUCUACUUAGUCAAUAUUUUCACGCAAUUUUAUAUUCUGAAUAACUUUUUGGGCAGUGACUACACCUUCUGGGGCUUUCAGACGUUCCGCGAUCUUUGGAAUGGACGGGAAUGGUUGGAUUCUGGAGUAUUCCCACGUGUAACCAUGUGUGAUUUCAAGAUUCGUCGUCUAGCCAAUACUCAUAAAUACACUGUACAAUGUGUAUUAAUGAUUAACAUGUUUAACGAGAAGAUUUACCUUUUCAUCUGGUUCUGGUUCUUACUUGUCGCUAUAUCAACAGCAAUUAACUUUUGUUACUGCUUCCUACAGUUGGUUCUCACAUCAUUCCGGGAGAAAUCGACAAAGGCAUGGCUAUCUGGACCGUGUCGAGGCGAAGACACAACAGACGGCUUCCGCCAUCAGCACAUUAUGCGCCGCUUCACCCAUGCAGCACUUCGCCCAGAUGGUAUUCUGUUGUUACGUUUCAUCGAAGGGCAUGCUGGUGCCAUAGUUGCUCGUGAGAUCACUUCAAAGCUGUUCACCGACUACCUCGAACAGAUGUCCUAUAACAACCAAGGACAUAGUCAUUCAACAAAAUCAACGAGUCCAGGAAUGAUUGAUGACGGCCCACAUGAGAACCUGUACAAUGCGGAAAAACUGGGUGGUCUAAUGGCCCCUGAUUAUCCAUCGAAACACAUUUGA